ACGAAGGCUGACCCAACUCCACCACCCGUCUCGGCUGCCGUUUCCCCGGGUCGGCCAAACCCAACCUACUCGCGGUCUCGUCUCAGUUCUCUGCAGGCGAACGAUGGAGACUGGCGAUCGCCUCCCGAUCCGUGGCGGAGAGACGCUGGCGAGCGCCAUGAAGCAGGAGCGGCGUUGGAGAUCGCACCACCCCAAAUCCUCCUCGUCUUCAUCCGCUUCGCAAUCGAGCAGAGCCCCCCUCGUCAUGGGCUUCUUGUCUUGCCUCGCCUGGCUCUACGUCGCCGGCCGAUUGUGGCAAGACGCGGAGAACCGGUUGCUGUUGUCAGAUCUGCUUCAGAAGAAUUCCGGCCAUCUGCCGAAGGUCCUUACCGUCGAAGAUAAACUGCUGAAUCUUGGAUGCAAAGAAAUUGGGCGGAAGACAGUGGAGGCCGAGAUGGACUUGACGUUGGCGAAGAGUCAGGGAUAUUUGAGGGGGAAUGUGACUUCUUCCGAGAAGAAGCUUCUCGCAGUUGUUGGAGUUUAUACAGGAUUUGGGAGCCGCAUCAAAAGGAACAUAUUCCGGGGUUCUUGGAUGCCUAGAGGCGAUGCCUUGAGGAAGCUUGAGGAAAAGGGUGUUGUCAUCCGAUUUGUAAUUGGUCGAAGUGCUAAUCGAGGUGAUAGCUUAGACCGUAAUAUUGAUGAUGAAAAUCGCCAGACAAAGGAUUUCUUGAUUCUUGAAAGUCAUGAGGAAGCUGCAGAAGAGUUGCCUAGAAAAGCUAAAUUCUUCUUCAGCUCAGCAGUUGAAUCAUGGGAUGCCGAGUUCUAUGUUAAGGUUGAUGAUAAUAUUAAUCUUGAUCUAGAUGGAUUAAUAGAGAUUCUUGAAAAACGUCGUGGAGGCCAUGGCUUGUACAUGGGCUGCAUGAAGUCUGGUGGUGUCAUAAGUGAAGAGGGAAGACAGUGGUAUGAACCUGAGUGGUGGAAAUUUGGAGAAGCAAAGUCGUAUUUCCGUCAUGCUGCUGGUUCUCUUAUUAUAUUAUCAAAUAAUUUAGCUCGUUACAUCAACAUAAACAGUGCAUCUCUCCAGACAUAUGCUCAUGAUGAUACAUCAGUAGGUUCCUGGAUAAUUGGUCUUGACGCAACAUAUGUGGACGAUGAUCAUCUUUGUAGUAGGAUAAAAGCAUUUAUUUGAAUGUAAAGUUGACUUUUAAUCUCACCAUCUUGCAGUGCAUCUCUCCAGACAUAUGCUCAUGAUGAUACAUCAGUAGGUUCCUGGAUAAUUGGUCUUGACGCAACAUAUGUGGACGAUGAUCAUCUUUGUUGUAGCAGUUCUAGACAAGAAAAAGUAUGUUCCAUGGCUUGAGGAGCAAUGGAAUCUCAGGUGUUGCAACCCAGCUUCGUGACUCUAUACUUUCCUGGUUGUUUGUCGUGACACUAUAGGAAGAUCAUUUUGACAAUGGACUUUCUUAAAGCUCUCCCAAUUCAGAAAGACUCGACAUCGAGAAGCCCCGAUUAAAGUGACCAAUUGUCCCAUCUUACAAUGUACCACGACAUCCAUCACAAACUUUUCCUUUCACAGAAGCCUAUCUAUCCAAAGUUUCAGGAGCAGAUGCAAGCUAAGGAUCGAGCGAACUAAUGCUUGUGAUAGUUGCUGGUCUAUUACAUAUGCUUCUUUACAUGAUUAGGCAUUCCUAAUUUUUGCUGUAGAGAUUCGAGUGAUAUCAUUGUUUGGUACUCUGUUAUUGAAUGAUAAGAAAAAACAUAUGAAGUCUUGUGCCGUUCUUUUGUUUUGAUUGGUGCACUUUAUAGAAAUAAAAGUAUAAAUUACUUGUA